CGUUGUUUAUUUGUUUGAUCCGAGUGAAUUCCUUAUUCAGAAUGGCAGAGAUUCGGUGUAACGUUCACAAUCGACACGCAUCAACAAAUACGGUUUAUCAUUGUUUAUAUGGAUUCUAUUUUCUGGGCUUGUCAAAAGUUCAGUUAGCUCAAAAAUAUGGAAAAAGUGACGUUAAAAUUGGGAAUUGGAUACGACGAUAUGAGGAAAACGGAUUCUUCACUCGAAAAGAAAGGGCUCUCGUCUAUUUACGGUUUAGUGCAGUACAGAGGCGAUGGAUUGUCGAUCUCUACAAGUGCAAUCUUGAAGCAAAACAACGAUUUCAAAUUACAUUUUCUGUUACAAUAAGUACGGCUUCUAUUUGUCGUAUUCUGCAUGCAGAAGGCUUUACAUUUAAAGCAUUGGAGCGUCGAGCGAUUCAACUCCGUGAGAGUGAUGUAGUACGGUUUGCAAAUGAACUGUUUUUAAUUAAGUGGGAUCUUCAUAUGCUGUUAUUCUUAGAUGAAGUGUCCUGUGACAACAAAGGAAUUCUACGAAACAAGAGGUAUGGACAAGUAGGAAAGCGCUUGAUUUUUCGCGGAGAGUUCAACCGCUGUCCGCGUGUUUCCAUGCUAUCUUUUAUGGGACAAACCGGACUUAUUGAAACGUUUUAUACAGAGGGAACGUUCAAACGUAUUCGCUUUUUCAACUGUUGCCGCUCGUUGAUUUGUUCAGGACUUAUACAGAGAUAUCCUGGACAACAUUCUGUAUGGAUUUUGGAUGGAGCCAGAAUCCACUGCCAUAGAGCAAUAGUAGAAUACCUCCGUUCCCUUGGAAUUUAUGUUGUCUUUUUACCAGCUUAUGCACCAUUUUUCAACCCCAUUGAGUUUCUUUUUGGUUACUUAAAAAGAUAUUUGAAACGAACCUACAUUGAACUUCACACCAAAAAUCUAAUGGUAGCAAUCGCAGAAGCUAUCCAAAAAUUUAAAAACUUCGACAGUACUAAUGUUUUCAAAAAAUGUGGAUAUCAGGCCGGAGGAAUGUUUGAUCCCAGAUUGGGGUUGGCUCAAGAUACGACACAUUUUGGUUUUCGAGAUGACUGCUAGGAUG